AUGCGUCCAGAAACGGAAGUCGUGAAACAACAGAAGUGUAAUUUGACACUCCUGGCGACAAUGGUUUUUAUGAUUAUGAUGAUGAUGAGGAUUAUGAAGAUACGAAGAACAUUAAAUAUUCAUUACAAAAAUUCCUCGACAAAGCAUUUAUCUGAUAUCUAUGGAGUUGUGGAUUGGAUGCAUGGCAACAAAAACUAUUUCCAAAGAAAUAUCACGAUAUGUCAGGUGGAAAGACAAUCUCGGGUCACCUUAAUCAGUUACGUCGUACAUGAUUGCACGGCAGUUACUGAAAUCUACCGAGCAGCGUGCCCCGGACGAAAAACCAAUUUAGCCAUCGCCAACAAACAACAACAUAUCCCGAUUGAAUUCCGAAAAACCACACCGUUGAAUCACUGUUAUCCAGGCGAUCUUUCGGACGUCAGUGGCGACGAAAUAGAAUUAUACUUGUCACAAACCAAAGUAAAAUAUCAACAAGGUCAAACGAGUCGACCACAGGAACUGGCAAUGGAACUUGAAUUAGAAUCAGAUUUCGAACUCGAAACCGACCCAGAACAGCAACCGAAACGAACAGAAGAAGGAAAUCCAACGACGAAAUAA